AUGAACAACGAAGAUGCAACAAAGUACAUUGAUGAUGUUAAACGUUACUUAACAGAUGAGAUUAAUUUUUCUCAAAAUGUAUUAAAUGAUGCAAGACGUUAUAUAAAUUCUGAUGAAACUGUUAGUUGUUGGAAACCUAAGCAGCGAAUAUCUGUGAUGUAUACUGUAAAUGCUAAUGAAAUUGGAUCAAAAAUGGUCAUCAGUGCUACACCUUCAGGCUAUCAAGUUCAAGAAUCAGUUAUGACUUAUAAGCUAGAAACUGAUUCAGAACUUUUAAAGGAAGAUUCCACCAGUCAUAAACUUCAACUCAAUAAUAAAACGUUAAAUGCUUCUUCCAAAGGAAUGAGACUUUACGGAAAAUUACAGGAAAUGAAAUCAAAUUCAUCGAUAGCUUUGAUGAAAGAUUUCAUUUUUCUUAAAGUCCUUACCAGUUGGAAUUUGAAUCCUUUAAGGCUUAUUGAACAGCUUCAAACUUUCAUUGAGCAACCGGAGAAGUUGUUGAGAUGUCACACCAGCACAUGA